GAGAAUUCUAGAGGAUUCUACAAUAUUCUCAAUUUCCCAUUUCAUCUGAACUUCAAAAAUGUCUAUAUAUACACCCCUUUUGAAUCAUUGUUGGAGUCAAGUAUUUGGGUGUUUUUGUUCAUUCAAGGCUUUUCUUGAAAAAAUUAAAUAAAAUUGAAGAGGAUGUUUGGAAGAGGAGGAACAAAGAAGAGUGAUAAUACAAGGUAUUAUGAAAUCUUGGGUGUUUCCAAGAAUGCAUCAGAAGAUGAAAUCAAGAAAGCUUACAGAAAAGCUGCUAUGAAGAAUCACCCUGAUAAGGGUGGUGAUCCUGAAAAGUUUAAGGAGCUAGCUCAAGCUUAUGAGGUUUUGAGUGACUCACAGAAGCGCGAGAUUUAUGAUCAGUAUGGAGAAGAUGCACUGAAAGAAGGAAUGGGUGGUGGUGGCGGCAUGCAGGAUCCAUUUGACAUCUUUGAAUCCUUCUUUGGUGGAAAUCCUUUUGGAGGUGGUGGUAGUGGUAGAGGACGAAGACAGAGGAGGGGUGACGAUGUAGUGCAUCCACUGAAGGUGUCGCUUGAGGACCUAUACAGUGGGAUAACCAAGAAACUCUCACUUUCACGCAAUGUUAUUUGCUCCAAGUGUAGUGGCAAGGGGUCGAAGUCUGGUGCUUCAAUGAAGUGUUCUGGUUGUAAAGGUACUGGUAUGAAGGUCUCAAUCAGACAGCUUGGUCCUGGAAUGAUCCAGCAAAUGCAACAUCCUUGCAAUGAAUGCAAGGGUACCGGAGAGACAAUUGACGACAAGGACCGUUGUCCUCAAUGCAAAGGUGAAAAAGUGGUUCAGGAGAAGAAAGUCCUUGAAGUUCAUGUUGAAAAAGGAAUGCAAAAUGGACAGAAAGUUACAUUCCCUGGAGAGGCUGAUGAAGCGCCUGAUAGAGUUACUGGAGAUAUAGUUUUCGUUCUCCAGCAGAAAGAACACCCGAAGUUCAAGAGAAAGGGUGAAGAUCUGUUUGUAGAUCACACAUUGACCUUAACUGAGGCAUUAUGUGGCUUCCAGUUCAUAUUGACACACUUAGAUGGCAGACAACUCCUCAUAAAAUCAAAUCCUGGAGAAGUUGUUAAACCUGAUCAAUUCAAGGCAAUCAAUGAUGAAGGAAUGCCGAUGUAUCAGAGGCCAUUCAUGAGGGGUAAAUUGUACAUUCAUUUCAUCGUGGAAUUCCCCGAUUCGUUGAAACUGGAACAGGUGAAGGCUCUAGAGGCAAUCUUGCCACCAAGACCUAUAUCACAGUACUCAGACAUGGAACUGGAUGAAUGUGAAGAGACUACAUUACAUGAUGUGAAUAUGGAGGAGGAAAUGAGAAGGAAACAAGCUGCACAACAAGAAGCAUAUGAUGAGGAUGAAGAGAUGUCUGGUGGUGGAGGACAGAGAGUACAAUGUGCUCAACAGUAGAUGUAAAGAGGUUUACUAAAUUGAACUUUGCUUCUAGUUUGGUUUACUGUAUUCUGCUGUUGUUUGGUAGUGCCAAAAACAGAUGCUUUAUUGAAAUAAAAAUAUAAUUUUCUUUCCUUCUUCCUA